AUGGCCUCCUACGUGAGAUGGAUCCUCAUGGUGCUGACCCUGCUGCACAUUGCCGGAGUUCAAGCGUGUGUUCCGUGCGGUUGCGGCUGUGGUGGUCGAUGCGGACACAUUGUCAAGGUCGUUGAAUCGAACGGACAUAUCGUUCAGGUCGUUCAAUCGGAUGUUGUCUUCCCUGCCUCAUCUGGAGUGUCACCAGUCCCGAACGUGUCGCCGAAUUCGUCGCCUACGUCUAUCCCCGUUUCAACCUCCACUGGAUCCUUCACGACUUCUACAGUCUACGCCUCCUCGACAAGCUCUUCCUCUUCGCCCACCUCAUCGCCAACGCCGGCGGUGAGGCCCAUCGCUGGCGCAUGGCUCUAUCUGUCUGAUGACGCGAACUACAACACCAUCCCCGCAGAGUGGUCCGCCAUCAACUUCGCCAACGUCGACGCGCUCUUCAUCGGGCCCGCGGGCAUCCAGGCCGACGGCAGCUUCGGGCUGUUCUCCUCCAACACGACGGGCCCGCUCGCCAACCGCUUCCAGUGGGCUCUCGAGACGGCCCGGGCCCAGAACCCGGCCAUCAAGAUCGCCAUCUCCCAGUGGUGGGGCCAGGGCCAGAAGACCUGGGGCCUGCCUCUCUCGGCACUGAUCGACGAGGCCAGCAACAGCACGACCUCGGAGGCGGUGGACGCGUACGCGGCGUCGGUGCGCGCCUUCUUCCAGCAGUGGGCGCCCGUGGCGGGCGGCCUCGACGGCUUCGAUGUGGACUACGAGGACAACAACCUCGUUCCCUUCAUCGGGUAUCUGUUCGGCCAGGUGCGGCAGCAGCUCAGCGGCCUGACGGCCAGCACUGGCCGCGAGUACUGGGUGACGGUCUCGCCGUCCGACACGGACUACUUGGAGACUGCCGCGUCGUCUCUCUCCUACGUCAACAUGCAGACGUAUGCCGGCGGGGUCAACCUGACACCAGAGGACUUUUUGAACAUCGGGUACCGCAAGGAUCAGCUGCUAUAUGGCGUUUGCCCCGAGACAAAUUGCCCGGGCCCGACUGUGGCAGAGGCUGAGGGUGUCUACACCAAGUACAGCAUGGCAGGCAUCCACGUGUGGCGGCUCAACUCGGACAACUACGUCUACGAGGGACAGGUUCAGAAGCAGGUGUAUGAUUUCCUGCAUGGAUAG